AUGUUGGCUUUCCCGUUGUUGGUGUCAGUGGCGAUGGCUGCUCUGGGACUUAUUGUUCCCGCAUAUCACAGCGAGCAUCUUGUAAAUCAAGUGCUCAGAGUUGACACUCAAUUGGGAGCUUCCCAAGAUAAUGUCACUCUCAUUUGUGCUCCCAACCUGAAUACCGUUACCAUCAAGCAAACGCUGGCGUUACUGGAUUGUGUGGGUGAUUGUAAAAAUCUGUGGCAGCAACGCGAAGUGGUAGUGAACUCAGUGGAUACCGGGGUACUGUUCAUCAAGGACAACCUUGGUCUUGGCGACACAGUUUUGUCGAAUGUGCCGAUGAAUUUGCAGAACUAUCUGUAUGCGACGCUGUCGCUUGGAUAUGGAUUGUGGAAUCAAAGUUCUUCCGAUGACGACGACCUUUCAAAUAAUUGGUUCUUGGGGUACUUAUUAGACGAAGGGACUAUCAAUGAACCCAAGUACUCGUUACAUUCUGAUGACGAUAAGUGGCGGUUUGUGUUUGGAGGGGUGGACCAUGCCAAAUACGUAGGCGAUUUAGCCGAUUUGGACAUUGAGCAAUACUCGCCGCUGUCGAAUUAUCUGAGUCGGUUUGUUCGGUCUGACGUGCUAGGUCAGGUGGCACUCAAGGCAGUGGCUCUUGACGACGGUGGGUCGGAAACAAUCUCUACUGAGUCAAACCUCACUCUCAGUAUAUCAUACAACUAUGGUGACGUUGCCGAUAUGGCCCUUCCUGACGACAUUUACCAAACGUUGGCAGCGAAGCUCAAUAUUAAUACCACUACCAACACUGCCGAUUGUGUGAGUGACGACGAAAUCAAGUUGGUGCUUGACUUCGGUAUCACCAAGAUCAAUGUGCCGUAUAAAUCGCUUCAAAAGAAAAAUGACAACGGCACAUGUGAUGUGAACAUUCAAGGCAUGAAAGGUAACAAAAAGGACGUAUACGUGGGUCCGGAAACUUUACGGUCAGUGUACGCAGUCUACGAUGCGGGAGCAAAAAAGGUGUCGAUUGCCCAGUACAAGUCACUGAGUGAUUCUGAUGUGGAGAUCUUUGGAGAAUCGAAAGCCGCGCUGACACUGGAAUCGAGCUCAGCUGCACCCUCUGCCCUGGCGUCGUCUAGUGAUGCCUCUACUAAGGAUGGCAAAGAUAAGCAGAGCAGCGGGUCGAUACUGGCUCCGCUGUUGAUUAUGGCAGCGGUGAUGGGCUUGGUCGUACUGGCUAUUUAG